UUUUGUCUAUCUGCUGCUUCAGCUUUGCCUGAAAAUGCAGGCGGUGGUGGAGCAGGAACGGAAGCAACUACGAAUAUGGAUGCCGAUCAGAAGGACCAGGAAGUGCCGGAACCAGCGCCAGUUCAUGCCAUUGAGGUCCCUGCAGUUCAACAGCUAAAGGAAGGUUCAGUGAAGAAAGGGCAGAAGCGUCAGGCGUCACCCGAUUGUGAUGGAGGUGCAUGUGUGCACAGUUUCAAGUUUUUAUUGGGAAUUUAA